AGACGCCACCCGGCUAAAUCACAGGUCAACUCUGCCCGAGAGAAGAUCCCACCAAUCGGGGUGGUUGCGCUGGGCUGGCGUCUCCUCCCCCCCCCCACCUCGCCGCCCCGAUCAUAUCCCAGUGUUUUGGUCGUGACUCCGCUGUCCCUGCGCAGCGGCUGUCCGUCGGUCGCUGCCAACGCGAGAGACGCCAGGGGUUAUAUGUGCAAACGGACCGUCCGGACGUCCGGAUCUCUCUGCUCCGAUGCCGCUGAUCUGGCCUACACGUGAAUGAAGAAAAGAAAAAAAGGGGGGGGGAAAGAAGAAGAAGGUUUUUCUCGGCUUCGGAGGCUUUCCCCGUCAUGACCUCACCGGGCCGCCCCUCCAGUUGAAUGGGAUCCCUCACCGCCUCAUCGCCUCGCUGUCGCUCGCCGUGGCACCGACUGUCUCCGCUCCCGAGCCCCGGUUUUCUCUUCUCUUUUUUUUUUUCUUUCUUUCUUUCUUUCUUUUUUUUUGGGGGGGGGAGUCUCUCCGAUCAGCUCAUUGAUGGUCUGACGCGAAAUCCGCCCGUCUGAUCGCCAGAGAAGAGACGACGCCGAAUCUCCGGUAACCCGCGCGUCAGGGGCACAGGCCGUGGCCAUGGGGGGAUCCAAGAGCAAGCCCAAGGAUGCGGGCCAGCGAACCCGCAGCCUGGAUGGCAACCUCAGCUCCGGAGGAGGGGCUGGUGGCCUCCACCUCAACUCCAAUCAACAGUCCUUAACGCCCAGCCGUAGCCCUGCUCUGGAUGGAGGUCUCGGCGGCAGUCAGUCCAUGGCCAAUAACGCAGAGCUGGCCCUGUUUGGAGGCGUGGACAAUAACAGCGUCACCUCUCCUAACAGAAUCACACUGGCAGGAGGUGUGACGACCUUCGUGGCGUUGUACGACUAUGAGUCUCGAACAGCCUCAGAUCUGUCUUUCAGGAAGGGCGAACGCCUUCAGAUAGUCAACAACACGAGGAAGGUCAACUGCAGAGAAGGGGACUGGUGGCUGGCACGCUCCCUGACCACCGGAGAGAGCGGUUAUAUCCCCAGCAAUUAUGUGGCUCCAUCCGACUCCAUCCAGGCAGAAGAGUGGUACUUUGGCAAAAUCACACGCCGCGACUCUGAGAGGCUGCUGCUAAGUUUAGAGAACAGGAGAGGGACUUUCCUGGUGAGAGAGAGCGAGACCACCAAAGGUGCCUACUGUCUGUCCGUGCUGGACUACGACAACACCAAAGGGCUGAACGUGAAGCACUACAAGAUCCGGAAGCUGGACAGCGGAGGCUUCUACAUCACGUCGCGCACGCAGUUCGGGGCCCUGCAGCAGCUCGUCAAUCACUACCGCAAGCAUGCCGAUGGGCUGUGUCACAGUCUAACAGACAUUUGUCCUGUACUGAAGCCUCAGACACAGGGCCUGGCCAAGGAUGCCUGGGAGAUCCCCAGAGAGUCCCUCCGCCUUGACCUCAAGCUCGGGCAGGGCUGCUUUGGAGAGGUCUGGAUGGGAACAUGGAACGGUACAACGCGCGUGGCGAUCAAGACCUUGAAGCCCGGCACCAUGUCCCCCGAGGCGUUCCUCCAGGAAGCUCAGGUCAUGAAGAAGCUGAGACACGAAAAGCUGGUCCAGCUCUACGCGGUGGUAUCCGAGGAGCCGAUCUACAUCGUCACUGAGUACAUGGGGCAAGGCAGCCUACUGGAUUUCCUGAAAGGUGACAUGGGCAAGAUGCUCCGCCUCCCCCAACUGGUGGACAUGGCCUCACAGAUUGCUUCGGGGAUGGCCUAUGUGGAGAGGAUGAACUAUGUGCACAGAGACCUCAGGGCUGCCAACAUCCUGGUGGGAGAUAACCUGGUUUGCAAGGUGGCCGAUUUUGGCCUGGCGCGCCUCAUUGAGGAUAACGAAUACACCGCCAGGCAAGGGGCCAAGUUUCCCAUCAAGUGGACAGCUCCUGAGGCCGCUCUGUACGGACGCUUCACCAUUAAAUCUGACGUCUGGUCAUUCGGGAUCCUGCUGACUGAACUGGCCACCAAAGGCCGAGUGCCCUAUCCAGGUAUGGUGAACCGGGAGGUGCUCGACCAGGUAGAGCGUGGUUACAGGAUGCCGUGCCCAGCAGAGUGCCCGGAAUCCCUGCACGAGCUGAUGCUGACCUGCUGGAGGAAAGAGCCCGAGGAGAGGCCCACCUUCGAGUACCUGCAGGGCUUCCUGGAGGAUUACUUCACCUCCACAGAGCCUCAGUACCAACCGGGGGAGAACCUGUAACCGGGCCGAACACGGAUAUGUGCAUGCGUCAUGCAUGCGCAAAACCGAGCAUGUGCAUCCGCUUUAGAGUGCAUGGACAAAGUAUGUGUGAGGGUAUGUGUGUGCAGCAUAACGGGGCAGAAAGCCGACAGCAAUCUUGGGUACAAUCAGUAACUCUCUGACAUCGGGGAUCGUCAGUGGGACAUCGAAACAAUCAACAAUCCCUCUUCAGCUCCUGCCUCUUUCCGAGGUCAUCGUCACACCCGCCGCCAUGUCAGAUAAGAGGGACUGGUUUCAAAGGAAGGGACUAAACUGUGGUAUUAUUUUUGUUUGUUUGUUUGUUUGUUAUACAGUGCUUUGUUUGUCAAUCAAAUCAACACUCUAUACAGCAAAGCAGGUUUUGCUACCUUCUUUGCGUUUGUAAGGUGCCCCCAUGAUAUAAACACCCCCGACACCCCUCUUGCAUUAAUCCACCCGACUGAUGCUGUAGUUUGCCAGCUCCAACGCUGCGAAUGGCACCAGACAACCAGGCACGAAAGGCCGCGUAUGGGCCAAACGCGGGAGUCCAGAGAAUGAACUCGGGAUACAACUGUUGUCCUGCUGAAAGUGCCGCUACGGGAUGUCUGUUUUUUUUUUUUAACUACAUUUAAUUUGCAACACACUUUGUGUCGGACUCAGAAUUUGUUUUUUCCAUUUUGCCCCUCGAGAAGCAACCGUUUGGGAUGUACAAUAAAUUUCCAGGAUACUGCAGAUCCUAAUUUUUUUUGUUAAAUUUUGUUAUUAGACCUGGAUCAACUGGAAAUUUUUCUGGUCAACAUUUUUACUUUCUAACCAUGCUCCCCCUGCUCCCCCAAGCUUCUCUCGACCGCUGCGAGGCUCUGAAUGAGCGAGUGAGUGAGUGUUCUCGCCCGCCAGCUGGACGAAAUUGGUUUUUACCGCUGUGACCAACAUACAGCUCAACACAAAGACGAGGCGAGGCAGCGUUUGUCUCUCUAUUUUCUUACAAACAAAAUGCUACUGAUCACUGACGGUCAUCUCAGGAUGGAGAAGACUACGAUUCUGCUGCAAGGAUUUUUGUGCCAAUGAAAAUCUUCUUUUUUUUUUUUUUUGUACUCUCUUAAAAGUGUAUUUUACUACGCUGAACGUUUCUUACCACGGAGUCUGAGUUGCGUAAGCAGAGGACGCGUUGCUCUUCUCAAAGGACAAUCCACUGUUUCGAGAUCCUGCACCCGUGUACGGCAGCAAGUGGCUCAACGCCAUGGUCUCGAGGCGUCGACGGGCCUUUGGGGACUGAAAUUAAAACCAGGUGGAUUUUUCUUCCACGCCUCCUCUCAGUCCUGACGUUCAUCAGUAGCGAAGAUUCCUAUUUUUAAUCAGCCUCAGUGCUUCCCUGAUUGGUGCAUCUGUGAGCACAAUCUUACACUGGAGAUGCUAUGUUUCUGUUGUGGUUAUGCCUUCCUCCAGCCUGCAGGGGACAGACCAGAAAGCUUUCCCAUAAACAGCAUGUAUAGCAAAUUAAUUGGCAUCUUGAAACUCAAUUGUAAAUAUCCUUAAUGGUAAUUUUUUUUUUUUUUUUUUUUGUAUAUAUCACCUUUUAUAAUUUAUUCCUUUUAAAAUAACCCAAUUGUUUAUUUUGCCCUCAGCAUCAUCUUUCAAACUUUAAUGUUUAUGGAACUUUAAAGGGUUAAAUAACAUCCAACAGUAAUGAUAUUAAAUAAAUAUAUAUUCUAGAAACACUUUUACAUUACAGUAUGUUUUUUGUGCAUGUAUUUCUGUGAAACCUAUCUUGGUUGUACAUUGUCAAUAUGACUGACGGGACUGGUGAGCUAGCUCCGUAUUCCCUGACUCGCCUUUUUUGGAAGAAAAUCUCGUUUUGUUUUUUUUUCCCCGUCUCGCUGGGAUGCCGAUCGUCUGCCCAGCGUCGCUCCUUCACACAAAGCAAUCAAAGCCUCGAGAUGUUUACAAUCGCGACGGUCUUCAGAAACACGUCCGGGCCGCCUCGGAGCUCGGUAAAAGAGCAGGUAAUCAAUCGAGCACGGUGCCGUUUUUCUGUGCCGCCAUCCUCCGCGGCUUCCACGAUCGGUCGACAUUUAUGAUCGGCCUCUCCGGCUUGGAUUUCCCCAAAGCAGUUCCGAUUACCGUUAAAUAGCUCCGAGUGCAGUCAGGUCGCCCGGCAUCGCGCCCCCCCCUUCUUUUUCCAGACCGGCGUCAGGGAGAGUUAAUGAGCAGAAAGGUGGGAAAGGGUGGGUCAUGUUGUCUGUACGCAGCCUUGCUUACAAGCCAAGGACAUUUCCUGUGGGGUUCCGUGGGUCUCCUUUCUGACUAUGCAGAUAUUUUUCAAAUCUGUCCUAUUACCACGUAUACUCUUUUUUUUCCCUACCGUAUUCAAUGGGAAUUUUCAGAAUAAAAGCUCUUUGUUAAAUCCUACUGAAUACUGUUCAAAUUUGAAAAGUUUGUUUGAAUAAAAUUUGUAUAUUGCCAGCUGUUUUCUGUCUUG